GCAUUUGAUAUCGAGUGCUAGUGGCCCCGUUCCACAUGCGGUUCCCUGUGGUUGAUUGAUGACAAGAGUACGUUUAAAAAGCUCAGUUUCUCGAUCCUGGUCGAGGGUCGGCAAUGUUUACCGAAUCAUCGUCAGAACGCCAGCUCGAUGGCAUAACCCUCCUGAGCUUAACACUUUUUACAUCCAUUUGCUACGGGACUGUACUGACCAUCUACAUCCAGUGCCUCCUUUCGUUGGUCUACAGUCCGAUGCGGCGAGCUCCCGGAUCACAACUGUUUUUCCUUGGCUAUACAUCCGUCAUGUUCAUUCUUGAAACGUUAUAUGCUGCUGCAAAUUUUCGAAGAGUUUGGAUAGCAUUCGUUGUAAAUUGGGGCUCCCCCAUGAAUUCAGCGAGUUACGAGAUUGGUUUAUGGAGUGAUUGGGCCAGUACAGCAGCAAUGACGUGCUAUAUCAUCUCCAAUUGGUUGGCGGAUGCGCUUACGCUUGUGCGCUGUAUGAUCUUGUUUCGAAACAUGAAAAACACAAGAUGGCUGAUUCCUAUCCCAUGCAGCGUGUUCCUUGUUGUUAUUGUGACUUCUAUCAGUCUGUUUGUGAAUACAACAGAAGUGACCAAGUCAAUGGAAGCAAUGACCAAAGCCUACUGCAUCUUUGUUGCAGUCGAUCUCUCCUUUAAUGUUAUCACGACGUCAUUGAUAACCGCCUGCAUCAUGACGCACCGCACGAAGCUCAGGAAAUCGUCAGGUAAGCAAGCUAUCUUGUAUCAUUAUCCUGACGUACGUCCUUUGUCAGGAACUCAUGACCAUGGGAGGGAGUACAUCAAUAUCAUCGCGAUGACCAUUGAAUCUUGUAUGAUUUCCGCGAUUAGCCCGAUCGUCUAUCUCGUCCUCUACGCGAUGAAUAACUUUGUGCAGUAUCCACUCAUGGUCAUCCAGAACCAAAUGCAGGUCAUUGCCUUCUUUGUAUUGGUCUUGAGAAUCAUUCAAGGAAAAACGUGGACAAGACGGGCAGAUGUUGAUAUCACUUCUCAUUCGCUUCCAAGUGAAGGGCUUUCCUUCCAGCUUCAGCGGGCUUCGUCUUAGUAUUACCACUAAAUAGCUCCAUCACGAGCCCAACACACUGUUACACCUACAUAAUGUACAGAACUACCAGAAUAUUCACAUAGCCCUCUAGAUUUUCGUCAUGGACUGAUUUCUGCAAGCGGCGGAGCAGAAGUAAUCUGUUCCAGUCUGUGGGUAGCGUUGGCACAUGAUGCAUCCAGGAACCAGUCCGAGGGUCACUGCUUCUCUGAAGAACAUUUAGUAUCU